GUGCGUUCGUCUCAGAGUGGGCCAGCGGAAUCAGGUAAUUUUCCAGCUCGCCAGUUAGUGUGACUAUUGCGGUGCGGCAGAGGUAGUCUGUGGGCCUUACGCAAGGCGCUGCUGCUACUGCUGCCUGGGCUCAAAACGAAGAGAGUGUUUCCACCCAAUACAUAAUGAAUCCCAGCAUGAAGCAGAAACAAGAAGAAAUCCAAGAAAAUAUAAAGAAUAGGCCUGUGCCAAGAAGAACUUUGAAGAUGAUUCAGCCUUCUACAGCGGGAUCUCUUGUUGGGAGAGAAAAUGAGUCACCUAAAGGCUUAUCAAAAAGGAAGCUUUCAAAUGACCCAUCAACAUUUAAGACUUCAAGCACUGAUGCGGUUCCUGAUCCAGAAUCUAAUGAAAAUAAAAAUCUUGGUGGAGUUACCCAAGAAGCAUUUGAUCUUAUGAUUAGUGAGACUCCAUCUUCUCAAUAUUGGAAAGAAGUGGCAGAAAAACGGAGGAAAGCUCUCUAUGAAACCCUAAAGGAAAAUGAGAAACUUCAUAAAGAAAUUGAACAAAAAAACAAUGAAAUUGCCCGUCUGAAAAAGGAGAAUAAAGAAUUGGCAGAAGUAGCAGAGCAUGUACAGCAUAUGGCAGAGGUAAUAGAGAGAUUGUCCAGUGAACCUCUAGAUAUCCCUGAAUUGUCGGAUAGCCAGGAAUUUGAUUCUGAAGAGGAAAUUAGUGAGGAUUCUGAAGUCGAAGACUCAGAAAGUGGCACAUGUGAAGAAACCGUAUCUUCUUCCACAGAUGCAAAGCCAAGUACAUGAAGUUCAUUGGUGUUUGACUCUUGAGAAAUACACUGCCAACGUUUACCUCCAGUCUAGUUCUGUAUAGCAGAGUAAAUAACUACUUAAUGCAAACACUGGAUCACAUUUCUUUGUUUGACUCCUGGGACCCUAAUAUUGUAUUCAAAUACUAUAUAUUUUUAAUCUGUGUUUUAUGUAUAUAGUAUUUUCACUUGGUUGUCAGAUGUGACUUGUGUAUAUGAUGUGAUAAAUAAACUUCGAUUUCCUGUUGAA